AUGGCAGUUGAAACUCCUCAUAUGAACCUUAAUUUCCCUUCACAACUUCUCACAAACAGGGAUUUUGUGAAAGCAAAUCAAGCAAAUAUGAAUUUAUACAAUACCCAGAUGGAUUCUGGCCUUGUUUUCAAUGAACCAACGCCUGAAGCACUCUUGUCAUUCUAUCAAUCUUCUCUUGGUUGCGACCCGAUUUCUGCUAAAGCUUCUAAUAAAGAUGACAGUGGUCUCACAUAUAAUGUUCCUGCUGUUGUUGCUCCAAGAAAGAGGCCUAGAGAUUCAAUCAAUGAUGACAACUUUAAUGCUUUCCAUGCCUCUCAGAAGACCAAAGCCUCUGCUCUAUCUUCUUUUAUUGAUCAAGAUAUCAUCUUUCAGAUCCAACAGCAGCAAUCUGAAAUCGACCGUUUCAUUGCUGAACAAAAUCAGAAAGUUAGAAUGGAACUUGAAGAGAGGAGAAAGAGGCAAUCAAGAAUGUUGGUUUCAGCGAUACAAGAAGGGAUGAUAAGGAAAUUGAAAGACAAAGAUGAAGAGAUUCAAAGAAUGGGAAAAUUAAACUGGGUUCUCCAAGAAAAAGUGAAGAGUUUAUACGUAGAGAAUCAAUUUUGGAGGGAUUUAGCACAAACCAAUGAGGCUACAGCAAAUUCAUUACGUAGCAAUUUAGAACAAGUCUUGGCUCACGUUAGCGAGGACCGCCUAGUGAGCAGCGGUGGUGCCAUGGUGGCAGAUGAUGCAGAAUCCAGUUGUGGAAGCAGCGAUUAUGGGAGGUGCACGUUAGCUGGCGCCGGAGAGGAGGGUCCGGUGAAGGAUAACAACAACAGCAAUAAUAUUAUUAACCGCAGAAGGAUGUGUAAAAAGUGUGGGGAGAGGGAAUCAAGCGUGUUGCUGCUGCCAUGCAGGCAUCUGUGCCUCUGUACAUUAUGUGGGUCCAAUCUUGUUGGUACUUGCCCAGUAUGUGAUUCUGUCAUGGAUGUUAGUGUUCAUGUUAACAUGUCUUGA